GGGCCAGCUCUGUUCUCAUUUCAGUUAAAACCUAAAGUACAUCUGCGAGAAAAAAGCAGUCAAAGACCGAAUCGAUGGCCCGUCACGCCACGAGACUGAUCGGCAACUUAUCCCGCCGGCUAUUAUGCCCGAAGGAGCUCCAGCAACACCGCAAUUUCGGAUCUCCGCCGCCUCCGCCCGCCGUCUUCGUCGAUAAGAACACCCGCGUCAUCUGCCAAGGCAUCACUGGAAAGAAUGGCACUUUUCACACUGAACAGGCAAUCGAGUAUGGUACCAAAAUGGUUGGGGGAGUUACCCCUGGAAAAGGUGGAACAGAGCACUUAGGUCUCCCCGUUUUCAACUCCGUGGCAGAAGCAAAAGCUGAAACAAAGGCUAAUGCUUCAGUGAUUUAUGUUCCGCCACCUUUUGCAGCUAAAGCCAUUAUGGAGUCGUUGGAGGCUGAACUGGAUUUGGUUGUUUGCAUCACAGAGGGAAUACCACAGCAUGACAUGGUUCGUGUUAAGGCCGCUCUUAAUAAGCAGUCAAAAACUCGGCUUAUUGGUCCAAAUUGUCCUGGCAUUAUAAAGCCCGGGGAGUGCAAAAUUGGGAUUAUGCCAGGAUACAUUCACAAACCAGGACGUAUUGGAAUUGUUUCUCGAUCUGGUACUUUGACUUAUGAAGCGGUCUUCCAAACAACUGCUGUUGGCCUUGGGCAGUCAACGUGUGUGGGAAUUGGUGGGGAUCCUUUCAAUGGGACAAACUUUGUUGAUUGCAUAGAAAAGUUUCUUGUGGAUCCACAGACAGAAGGUAUCAUUCUUAUUGGUGAGAUUGGUGGCACAGCAGAGGAGGACGCUGCUGCCCUUAUAAAGGAAAGUGGGACUGAAAAGCCUAUAGUUGCUUUUAUUGCUGGACUCACCGCUCCACCUGGUCGAAGAAUGGGUCAUGCAGGAGCUAUAGUAUCAGGAGGGAAGGGUACUGCACAAGACAAAAUCAAGACCUUACGCGAAGCUGGAGUUACUGUGGUUGAGUCGCCUGCAAAGAUAGGCACCGCAAUGCUUGAAGUCUUCAAACAGAGGGGUCUUGCUUGAGCCAGUGAGAUUAGUUCAUGAUAUUUUUUUCCGUCUUUUCCAAUUUCUGGAAGCAAAUUAGCUAGUUUCCAAUUGUCGCCCGAGCCUGCUAUAUCUUUUACAAAUAACAAACCAGUACAUUUCUACGGCGGAUUGUAUCAUCCAUGCUGCCAGAAGAGUAUCGUGAUCCUCUUCAGGAUAUUGAGGAUCAUGUCGGUUCCUUAGUUACUUGGAAGGGGGAAGUUGUGAAAAUAUUGUAUCCACUACCUUGAAUGUGGAAUUGGAAGCUUUAGAUUAUUCUUCCCGUUUGAUAUAAUUGGAUUCUUCACUUGGAUGGCAUAUUGGAGUCCUUUUGUCGAUAACCUUGCGGUUUUCAUAUUCUUACAUACAGUUCCCAGUUGGUGCUUUUGUUAUAUUACGGCUUACCGUUUCAGUUUCGAGAAA